CUGUUCAUGGCGGACUGACGCAGCGCCCCGGAAGCAGGCGCAGCGUCACUUCCGCAUCGACGCCGGAUAUGCUCGGGUGCAGGUGGGCCCGGCGGGGCUGGAACCCCUUGCGCGCUGCGCUGGGCUGCAGGGGCUCCUCUUCGGCGGAGGGCGUCGGAUCCGGCCGGACAAAAAUUACUUUGGAGUUGUUGGAUCAUCUUGAGCGACUGGCGCUUGUAGAGUUCCGCAACUGGGAGGGCGUCCGCCGUUUGGAGAGCGCAGUUGAAUUCGCUGAACAACUUCAAGUGGUGAACACUGAUGGCGUUGAACCCAUGGAAUCGGUGCUGGAAGACAGGCAUCUCUACCUCAGGGAAGAUAAUAUUUUGGAAGGGAAAUGUGCAGAGGAACUACUGAAGAAGGCUGCAAAGACAGUUGAAGGAUAUUUCAUAGCUCCACCAGGUAACAUUCCUCUGCCAAAUGUAGAAGAGAGAAAUACUUUUCUUCACAAGGAAGAUUCUUAAUAGAAGAUCCAACUUCGAUUGUUUUUAGACACAUUGUGCAUUGUCAUCUUGAAUUUUUAUAUCAAGUACUUCAUAUAAUUUGGGGAGGAACAGGAACUGAAAUGACUGGUUUCGGUUAGCCGAGAAGAAAAGACAUGGAGCUGUGUGGAUUAGGAAAGCGUAUCACUGACACUAAGUUUAACACAAACAUGGUGUGCGAACAUGUCUAGAACUUCUUUUAAACUCUAUAACAAGAAUUCUGGUCAUAUUAAAAUUUUGUACUAGUUUACUGGUACAUUUUAUAGUGUUAAAUAUUUUAAUCACCAAACCUCAGCCACCAAAUUCCCCCAAAGAAACGCAUAAAUUGUGUAGAGACUAUGAUCAAAGGUCAUGAAAUGGGGGAGUUCAUAAGCCCAACCCUCUAAAAGUUUGGAAAACUGAGUAUAGAGGCAACACUGGCCAUAACUUCAAUUCCUCCAUAAACUGAAUCGCUGUAGGCAAAUAACAUAUAACCAUGGUUAGCACUUCUCAGUCAGUCCAGGAGGAACAUGAAAAAUAUCCGGAACUAUUGUAGCUUGAAGCUUAAAUAUAAAACUAUUGAAAUACAAUCUUAAGUGAGGUACUGACUGCUAAUCCAUAAGCUGGCAGACAUUAGCACAUGCCAAGAUCUACUGAUUAAAUCGUAUUCACAGAUCCUUAAAAUGGAGUGUUCAGAACUAGAAAUAUCAGAAAAAGUGACAUUAAUGACACAGGUGCUUCUGUCUUUGAAAAAAAAAUCCCAGCACAAAAGAGACCAUGUAUUACUGCUGAGGGCAGAACAUUCUGCAAAACUGAAUUCAAACAUUCACUUUAUGAAUUCAAAUUACUGUUACCUUGUUAUUUGGUCAUGAAAUAGAAAAUAUUUUCCAGGAAAACUGAAUAAAAUGUAGCACAGUUGCUUUUA